CAUCUCGUCCGCGCCGGCUCGGUCUGCUCCUCCUGGCGCUCCGCCUACUCCAGGCUGCUCCUCCCUGGGCACUACAGGCGCCCCCAGAUGCCGUGCCUCCUCUACACAUCUGAAUCUGCCGGCGAGAGCGUUGCUUGCCUCUACAGCCUCGCGGAGAAGCGGACGUACAAGCUAACUCUUCCAGGGCCACCUAUCAGCAGCAGGCAUCUGAUUGGGUCCUCGCAAGGCUUGCUCAUUACAGUUGAUGACAGAUCUGAGAUGCACCUUGUCAAUCCCAUCACCGGUGAACAGGUUGAUCUCCCUUCGGUGAUCACCAUUGAGCAAGUGAAGCCCGUCUAUAGUGACUCUGGUGCUCUUCACAAGUACGAGUUCUCAUGGCACUCCGCAGCAAGGGUUUACGGUCCGCCAUCGGUCUCGGCUCCGGAAGAGCUGAGGAGCAAGCUUCACCAUAAAGCCUUUGUGUUUUCUGACGAUACGUGCAAUGGAUACAUUGUGGUGCUCAUACACAAUCCAUUUUGCCAGCUCUCGUUUGCAAGGGCAGGGGGUGACAGUUGGAUAUGGCUGCCACCACACACCCACUAUGACGAUUGCAUUUACAGGAACGGCCUGCUGUAUGCGGUCACUUCAUUUGGAGAGAUCCACGCGUUCGAUCUAAGUAGCCCUGUUGUUACGGUAAGGAUGAUUACAUGGGAGCCCGAGCUUGAGGACCGGUUUCUGAAUGCUUACAUUGUGCAAGCUCCAUGGGGCAAUCUUCUUCAAGUGUGGAGACUAUAUGAGCACUGCGAUUUAGAACCCGAGCCUGGGGCAUCUGUGUUUUGGAACACCGGAGAGCUUAUAAUAUAUGAAGUCGGUGCUUCGUCAGGAGAGAGAACUAAGAAAACCAGUUGCUUGCGCGACCAUGUGUUGUUUCUUGGGCACAAUCAAUCACUCUGUCUUGCUGCUCAAGACUAUCCGGCUCUCAAGGGAAACCAUGCCUACUUUACCGAUGACAAUGUGCUCUGGACAAAGGGAUUCAAGAACAACCCCCGUGACAUGGGAAUUCUCGACUUGGGUAAUAACGGCAGGGAGGAACUUGUGUCUCCCCAGCUUUGCUCCAACUGCCCGGCUCCCGUGUGGAUGACACCCAAUCUUAGAAAGAUGAAUUUUGCUUUCAAUGAAUAG